AUGACGUCCUCCCGCCCGAACACGGAGAAACCGACAGAUGCUGUGGACUACAUCGAAGACCCAACGGAUAACGGCUUCAAGAAGGGAGAUGCCGCCGUCGACGCCGCCCUUCGAGGCCAAACCGUCUCUGGCUACGACAUGAACGCCGGCAUCGUCGCCAACAAAGGCUUCGUCCGCCAAUUCGCCACCCUCACCGACCCCACCGGCAAACCCUACCUCGACGCCCCGAUUCUCUCCGGCUGGAGCUCCAUCAUGUCCGUCGGCCAGGUCAUCGGCAUGACCACCAUCCCCUUCGUAUCUUCCCGCCUCGGCCGCAAAGCCGCCAUGUACACCCUCUGGGUCGUGCUCGCGAGCAGCGUCCUCGCCGAGAGCCUCGCGCGCAGCUGGCCCGUCUGGCUCGUCGGCAAGCUGCUCGCGGGGAUAGGCGUGGGGUGUCUGCAGUCAACGCUGCCCAUCUACAUCGCCGAGGUCGCGCCCGUCCGGAUUAGGGGCGGAUUGUUGAUGUGUUACUCCUUCUGGUGGACCGUGGGUACGUUCUGCGCGCAUGUUGCGCUGCAGAGUCUGAAUAAGAAGGAUACGUAUAACUAUCUGAAGCCGAUUUACACGCAGUGGGCGCAGAUUGGGCUCAUGCUGCUCAUUUUCGUGUUUCUUCCUGAGUCGCCUGCAUGGUGCGUUACGAGCGGCCACGAGGAGCGCGCAAAGAAGUGCCUCGUCUGGUUGAACCGCGGCGUUCAAAACUUCAAUCUCGAACAGCAGUAUCAAGCCCUCCUCAUGACACUCGAGCACGAACGCGCCGUGGCGGCUGCUCAAAGGAGGGAGAAGUGGCAUGCAAUCUUCCGGGGCACUGACGGCAUCAGAACACUGGUCUCGUUAUGGACCAACAUGUCACAGCAGUUCAUCGGGCUGACCCUCUUUGCGACAUUUGGCACGUACUUUUUCCAGCAGGCCGGGCUGCAGGAUCCAUUCCUAAUCAAAGCAAUCACGUCGUCAAUCAACAUUGUCACUAUCAUCGUCACAAUCUUCUCGGCUGAUCGGCUGGGGAGACGGUGGAUCGGUUGCGGGGGCAUCACGGUUUGUUGGUUGUCGUGCGUGGUCAUCGGCAUCAUGGGUGUCGUCAGAGAGACUAACGCGACGACGUACGUCUUUGUGUUAUUCGCCUGCUUCUGGAACAUCGGCAUGACGGCCAGCGGCGCGGCCGGAUGGGGCUUCAUCGGCGAGAUCUCAUCCCAGCGACUCCGCCCGUAUACGGCCGGCUUCGGCGCCGCCUGCAGCUGCGUCAUCGGCAUCGUGAUGAACGUGCUGGUCCCAUACAUGGUCAACGCCAACAAGUGGAACUGGGGAUACAAGACGGGCUGGUUCUACGCCGGGGUCGGGCUGCCCUUCACCAUCGGCAUGUGGCUGCUCAUUCCGGACACAGCUGGACGUUCUGCCGCCGAGCUGGACGAGUUGUUCGAGCGCAAGAUCAAGCCGUGGCGGUUCCACAAGACGCAGACGGCCACGCAGAACCUGGUCAACUUGCAGAAGUCGGAGCAGCAGUAA